GCACCAAAUAGAGAUGCUUAGCCAGGGUAAGCUUUCAGGAAGCCUGUGACAGAUUCAAAUUGCUAGGACCUAGCUAGCUCCUGCUGGUCCUUCUCCUGUCUAGGAAGUUUUCCCACUUCCUCUCCAGAUAUUAAUAACUUGCUUAUUUUUCAGGGCCCUGUUUUAAGUUCCCACAACACUGAUUUUUCUGAUCCCUUCCCUAGAAGUUUAUCUGGGAAGUCUUAAGCCAGGGACAAGUUCUGUCAGGAAGAGGGGUGGAGGCGGCAGCACAGGAGCAGUCCAACUGUCCUAACAGUAACCUAUCCUUCAGCUAAUUCAGCCUACACCCCAGUAUGGGGAUAGGAUUGAGAAGAAAGGGAAUCCAAGAGAGGGGUACUACAAUGACGGAACCAGCGAGUGGCGGUCUGCAGUGUGGCAGGGCAUGCUGGGUAAGAACCUCGAGGCACCAGGGCAGCUAGAGUGGGUAGAAGCCCAUCUAACCCAGGGACCAGGAUAGUUUCGUCUCUGCUUCUCUUCCCCAUCAGGAUGAACAUUGAGACAGGGUCCAAAUCUCUUCUUCCUCCUCUGAAAGUCUCAUCUUCCUCAUUUCCCCUUUCUCAACUUCAUCCCUAUCCCAGAGUAUGGGGCAAUCAAUAAGUAACGACUUGUUGGGAGAGUGUCCCCAGCCUGUCUGUCCAGUACUGGGAGUUCCGGGGAGGAGGGGGGUGAAGGUGGUUUGAGUAUCUUUGCAGAAGGCGGCAACCAAUUGGGACCAAAGUCUUGAGCACUGCACUGUUCCUAGGGACAACAGCCACGCCCCGGGCCCGUCCUAGAGAUGGUAGGAAAGAAGAGCUCUGCAGGAUCAAAGUCCUGCCUGGGCCUCUGGAAGUUUUAGAGAGUGGGGUAGAGAAGUGGAGUGAAACCCGGGGUCCUUCCUGCUCCUUCUCCAGGCAGAAAGUGUAUUAUGAUAAUAAACCAAGGCGGUAGGUUAAGCACGUGUUUCAAAAGCAUACCCACCUUCCGGGAGGAGCAUGCUUAAAUUAUGCUAAUAAGGAAAUCCAGAGCUGCCACUGAGAUUCUGCUGGGAGCAGCAGUCCCUGGGCAUACAUUGGGGAGUCGUAGAGGUCCCCUCUCGGCUUCGAGAAACGAAGAGAGCCGGGGUGUCCAUUGGCCUUGAGAGCAGUGACGUCAGGAGCCCAGCGCGCGAAACCGCGGAGGGAUUGAGGGGGGGUGAGAAAAAUGAGGGCGGGGCCUCACUUCUUGCCCCAUCCGCUGCUGCGGUAGCGGCACAGAAGGCAGUGGAGACUGACAGGCUACUGGAAGAAUCAAAGGAGACUCAGGAGAGCCCCUUCACAGUCCAGGACCCCCGGCCGCGCUCCGGGUAAUUGCACCUCAGCCAGCGGAAUUCUCUUCCCCAGCUUUGUAGCGGGGACGCCCCCCGACCUCUUCGCGAAAGGAAAGACGCGCCUGCGCAGCACGAGAAGGGAGUGGGCUAGAGUCCAAGACCCCAGGCCUGGGGGCGGGACGCGUGCGCAGACUGAGGGGCUGGGGGAGGGAGGGCGAGCUGCUGGGGGGCCCCGGUGCAACUGAGAGCGCGCCCCCCUUCCCCGCCUCCGUACGAGCUCCCGCGUUCGGACAGGGUCUGACCGGGCCAUGGCGUUCCUCUCGGGCCCGCGGCUGCUGGACUGGGCCAGCUCGCCCCCACACCUGCAAUUCAACAAGUUCGUCCUGACGGGCUACCGGCCGGCCAGUAGCGGCUCUGGCUGCCUGCGCAGCCUCUUCUACCUGCACAACGAGUUAGGCAACAUCUACACCCACGGAGCCCUGCCCAUCAUCCAUUGUACCCUGGCGUGUCGGCCUUGGCUGCGUCCAGCAGCCCUGGUGGGCUAUACUCUCUUAUCUGGGUUGGCAGGCUGGCGAGCCCUCACUGCCCCCUCGACUAGUGCCCGACUUCGGGCCUUUGGCUGGCAGGCAGGAGCACGACUGCUGGUGUUUGGGGCUCGAGGGAUGGGGCUGGGAGCAGGAGCCCCAGGAUCCCUGCCCUGCUAUCUUCGAAUGGACGCAUUAGCGUUGUUGGGGGGGCUAGUGAAUGUGGCCCGGCUGCCUGAACGCUGGGGGCCUGGCCGCUUUGACUACUGGGGUAAUUCCCACCAAAUCAUGCAUCUGCUCAGUGUUGGCUCCAUUCUACAACUGCAUGCUGGUGUUGUACCUGAUCUGCUCUGGGCUGCCCGCCAUGCGUGUCCUACGGACUGAGCUGUUUUUUUAAUCUGCAAAAAAAAUGCUCCCAUUCCUUGAAGCUGUAGAGGGUUCCUUUUUUCCUUCAAGGCCCCCCAAAAGCUAUAGCCUUGUUUUUCCCUUAGGUCUCCCUUUUCAAAUCUAUAGAGCUUUCUCACGUUGCCUAAUCAUGAGCUCUUCUCUAGAGUACCAAAGGCUCUCAUUUGAGUUUCCUAAAUGCGUACUCUUUUCCUUCCUCAGGUCUGUAAAGGGUUGUCCAACUCUAUAACAUUCCUUACUUUUUUCAUCUCCUCCAGAAUACGUUCUCACAGCCUGUCAUAUUUUCUAGAGCUUUUUCAGUGAUGAGAGCUCACCCCAAGAGGUAGUAUGACGUGACUGAAUGAUUGACAGCAUCAGGAAUCAAUGGAUUAUAGCCCUCCACUAUUCUACUAUCUUUGUACUGUGACCUUAAGACAAGGGCCUUGGGUUCCUUAUCUGUAAAAUGAGGAGCGAGUGAAGUAAGUUUUAUAAUUCUGAAACUUAAUAUUUCAUCUAGGUUUCCAACUCUAGAUGUUUGCACAUAUGCUACCCUUUUUCAGAGCCAGUAGUCAAUAACCUUACUAUCUAAACCUUCUUUGUCCUUCACUAACUUGGAUGGGGAGCAGUGAGGGACUUCCCACCUCCUCCAGUGUGUGGUGGCUUUAAGUACCACCUCUCAGCAUUUGCACAACUGAAGUCUCCUUUCUUGGCAUGGUAGCCCCUUAUAUUAACUUUGUAAAAGCUCCGUCUCUUGAGAUUAUUCCCUUUCCUCUCUCCUCCUAAAGCCUCCUCAGCCCCUAAACACUCCUUCCUUCCCCCUCGAAAACCAUGGAUUUAAGAUUACCAAAUACCAAAAUAUCUGCUUCUUGCACAAGGCCUCUUUGCACAAGGAUUGGGCCAGGGUGGUACUGCAGAGGAAAAUCCAGCUUCUCACAAAGACUCACAACCACUUCUAAACUAAGGCAAAAGACUAGUUCUCUGGUCCAAGAAUUCAGGCUUUUUCUACUCUGCAUAAGAUGGAUCUAGAGGGUUUUUUAAAUGCCCAAGCAAACUUUAAGCCUCACCUGUGGACUGAAACUGCCCAGGUCUAAAUACCUGCACUUUUUGCCUGAGGAUGGUGCUCUUUGACUGUUGGUCUUGUAAGAUUUGAAAACCUCUCCAUCCCUGACAAUGAAGAUGCAGCUCCAAUCACCAGUCUUCUUGUAUGAGGACUAGGAUUUUGGAACAGAAAUGUCUCCCACCCUAGACCCUAUCUCUAGGGUUGGAAUAACCAAGGAUAAAAUCAAUAAAUGGAGCAGGAUGAGCUGA